UAUCCCAAAUACCAAAGCCUUUGUCGUUCCUUCCUUCCCCACUACCUUUCAAAACCCCCACCCUUCUCUUCCCUUCCCUUCCCUCUUCUCCGCCAUUCUCUUCAGCUUCCCAAAACUUCCUCUUUCCUCGUUUGAUUCCCUCCACGGUCUUCCCUUCCAUUCCUCCUCGCUCGUGGGGAGUCAAGGAACAGAGAGUUGAGGGGGAAGACAACAUACGAAUGGGGAGGUACAUGAGGAAACCCAAGUUCUCCGGCGAGCUGACGGUCAUGGAGGGCGCCACCCACCAGCCCUCCCUCGGCGUCUGCACCCGCGCCCGGGCCAUGGCGGCCGCCGCCGCAGCGCGGGACUCCUCCCUUUCCUACCUCGAGCUCCGCAGCCGCCGCCUCGAGAAGCCACCGACCUCCAAGCCCAGGGACCCAGCGAAGGUGACCCCCAAAUCCAACCCGAGCUCUAAGCUUUGCUCGCAGAAGGCUGGCCGUGUUCCGACAUCGAAUUCGGGGUCGCUGAGUUCCGCACGGAUGAGGAGCGGUUCAGAAAACGACGAGGAUGCGCCGCCGUAUGUGGAGGUCUCGUUAGAAGAGAACGAUCUCGAGCCUGAAUCGAGGGAAAGAGAGACUACACCGAGUGGUUUGACAAGGGAUUCCGGAACAAUGGGGACACCAGGUUCUACAACAAGAUCUACCUACUCAACUGCAGCUAAGUGGAGAAUGCAGAAUCCUAUUUGCCAAGACAUUCCUACUACUCAUGAGAUGGAAGAGUUUUUCGUUGGGCUAGAGAGACUCCAGCAGCAAAUAUUCAUUGAGAAGUACAACUUUGAUCCUGUGAAUGACCACCCACUCCCUGGUCGGUAUGAAUGGGAAGAACUCGGCUCCUAGAUAGAAGAUUUACCUGUUUCUUCGGUGCCUUCUCCAACUAUCUCAGCCCAGGAUGUUAGUGGGGAUGCAAUGGCAGAGGUUGUCACAUUCUUUAUCUUGUAAAAAGUUGGAAAGAUCCAAAGGUAGGUGUAGUCGAAUGAUCCAUAAUGUUUAGAGGUGAUGAGAUAAACCGUAGAAAAUCUUGUGGAAGCUUAUUGUAAUUCUUAACAGAUCAUUCUCGCGGGUUACAGGGGUCAAUCGCCCUUGUAAUUUGCAGUCGUGAAAGAGAUGAUGUAGCAAACUCUUCUGUUGAGUCGGGGUUCAAUGAUGCUCCUCAAGAUUCAGUUCUAUAAUUUGUCCGAAUACCUUUGAUAGAUCCUAAUAGUCUGCAAAUGCUCUGUACUAUGAAUGCACUUAAUUUAAGACUUAGUUGUGGUAUAUAGCAUUCCUCUUAUUGGUCC